AUGAAUUCAUCGGGUGAAGUGCCGUUUUGGCGAGAUCAAGAAGAAAUUGUCAUCACUGGCAUUUCUGGGCGUUUUCCACGCUGCGAAAAUGUUCAAGAAUUCGGUGACUUACUAUUAGCUGGUGAAGAUCUUGUCACCGAAGAUAAUUUGCGCUGGCCACCUGGGGUUUUCGAUUUGCCGAAACGUCAUGGAAAAUUGAAAGAUUUAAAAAAAUUUGAUGCGCAAUAUUUUGGUAUAACUCCGAAGCAGGCUAAUUAUUUGGAUCCUCAAGUACGAAAAUUGUUGGAAGUGACGUUGGAGGCGAUCAUCGAUGCUGGUUUAAAUCCAACCGAACUCCGCGGUUCAAGGACAGGUGUUUUUGUGGGUUGUUCAGCUUCCGAAACUGGUGGAGUGUUAACUCAAGAUCCAGAAACCGUUACUGGAUAUACAUUGACAGGAUGCGUACGCUCAAUGUUCAGCAAUCGCCUCAGUUUUACGUUCGACUUAAGAGGACCGUCUUUCUCUGUGGAUACGGCUUGUUCUUCAUCUUUAUGCGCGCUCCAGCUAGCUGUUGACGCAAUACGACAGGAACAGUGUGAUGCGGCAAUUGUAGCUGGAGCUCAUCUAACUUUAACACCUACUGCAGCUUUACAGUUCCUUCGGCUUGGCAUGCUGUCCGAUAAAGGGAGCUGCCGUUCGUUCGAUGCUUCGGGUGAUGGAUAUUGUCGCACGGAAGCUGUUGCUGCAAUAUUGCUUCAGAGACAAUCGGCAGCCAGACGAAUUUAUGCUACUGUAGUUCAUGCAAAAAGUAAUACUGACGGUUAUAAAGAGCAGGGCAUUACCUUCCCAUCAGGCGAACGCCAGGCAGCAUUAUUAGAAGAAGUAUAUCGUGAGGCUGGAGUUGACCCUAACACAGUGACUUACGUGGAAAGUCAUGGAACGGGUACGAAAGUUGGUGACCCUCAAGAAGCAAACGCUAUAUGCCAAGUUUUUUGCCAGAACCGGAAUUCUGCACUUCUUGUCGGUUCAGUUAAAUCAAACAUGGGUCAUGCAGAGCCAGCAUCUGGUCUAUGUUCAAUUGCAAAAGUUCUAAUAACAAUGGAGCGUGGUUUCAUACCACCAAAUUUGCAUUAUAAUGAGCCUAAUCCAUAUAUUCCUGGUCUCGUUGAUGGUCGAUUGCAGGUCGUUACUGAAAAGACACCAUUUCAACGCGGUUUAGUUGGCAUCAAUUCGUUUGGCUUUGGUGGCAGCAACACUCACAUCAUACUCCGUCCGGCAAGUCAUGAAGAGAGUAAACCGGCACCAACAACAUUUAUGAAAAUCAUUCCAUAUUCUGGAAGAACAAUAGAAGCAGUAAACAACAUUUUCGACUGUGUCUUAGCCCAUCCAGAAAAUAUUUAUCUGCAACAGCUACUGGCAAAUCAGGCCAAUUUGCCAGCUAAGGAUACACCGUAUCGUGGUUACAUGAUUAUUAAUCGUGACAAAAUUCCUCACCCGCCAGAUGCAAAAAAAGAUCCAGAACUGCCACCUCUUCGAGAUAUACAGAAAAUAAUAAUCACUGAACCAAAACAGAUUUAUUUCAUUUAUCCAGGUAUGGGUAGUCAGUGGGCUGGAAUGGUUAGACAGCUUAUGUCGAUAUCUGCUUUUGAUGCAUCCUUGAGAAGUUCCAGCGAUGCUGUCAUCGAUUUUGGUGUCAAUGUUUACGAGAUGUUGCAGAGUGAUGACCCAAGCUUUUAUAAAAAUAAUACAUUGAAUUGCAUGCUUGCAAUUACCGCCAUACAGAUUGCCUUAACAGAUGUGCUCUUCCUACUGGGUAUUACACCAGACGGAAUAAUUGGACAUUCGACAGGUGAAAUGUGUUGUGGAUAUGCUGAUGGUGGACUUACGCGUGAACAAACGAUGCAUUUGGCUUAUCAUCGCGGUCGCACCAUUAUGGACGCAAAUAUCAAAGGUGGUAUGGCUGCCGUAGGCCUAUCGUGGGAAGAAGCCACAAAACGAUGUCCAAAAGGUGUCAUUCCAGCUUGUCACAAUGCUGUUGAUUCAGUAACAAUUUCCGGUGAUGCUGAAAAAAUUGAAGAAUUUGUUGAAGAGUUGAAAAAAGAAGAUAUAUUCGCAAAACUUAUUGAUUCAUCAGGAAUCCCAUUUCAUUCACCAGCUAUGCUUAAGGUCAAAGACAAAAUGCUUAAAGCAAUGCGUACAAGCGUGCCAGAUCCAAAACCGCGAUCCUCUCGGUGGAUUUCAACCUCAAUUCCUGAAAGUAAUUGGGAAAAUGAAUUGGCACAAAUGUGUUCAGCAGAUUACCAUACUAACAAUGCUGUAAGCCCAGUGCUUUUCUAUGAAGCACUGCAAAAAAUACCGGCAAAUGCAGUAACAAUUGAAAUUGCACCACACUGCUUGAUGCAUGCAAUCCUGCGUCGUUCGUUGCAGAAAACCUGCACCAAUGUGGGUCUAAUAAACAUGAAAGAAAAAGAUCGUGAACUGGAAUCGUUUUUGCAGGCUUUGGGGAAGAUUUACCAGACAGGAAUAACCAUCCAUAUCGAAGCCUUGUAUCCAGCUAUACAAUAUCCCGUUCCGAUUGGUACACCCAUGAUAUCUGCCAUGUGGCGCUGGGAUCAUAGUCAAGACUGGCCGGUUAUCGACGGUAAAACGCUUUCAACCGCAGGUGGUGGACAAUUACCAACGUCAUACUGUUAUACAAUUGAUCCUUUUGCAUCUGAUUCUAAGGAAACAUUUUUGCUUGAUCACAUCAUCGAUGGCCGCGUAUUGUAUCCAUUCACUGGACAUAUGGUAUUGGCAUGGAAGACUAUAGCAAAAUUGAAUGGUGUAGACUUCCUGAAAACGCCUGUCAUUCUGGAAGAAAUCCGAGUGUACAGUGCAACAAUCGUGACUAAACCAAUUCGUUUGGAUGUUAUUGUAACACCAGGAAAUGGAUACUUCGAAAUUUUGGAUGGUGACCAACUAGCGGCAUCCGGUUAUAUCCGUAUUGUCGAUGAAGAUGUGCCAUUUUACUACAAAAAUAUCGAUGAAAUUCAAACGUCCGAAAUUGCAGAACGUAUCGAAUUAGAUACGGAAGAUGCUUAUAAGGAAUUUUUACUUCGUGGAUAUGAAUACGGCCAGGCAUUUCGUGGAAUAUAUCGAGCAUGCAACAGUGGAGAACGUGGAAUGCUUUACUGGACCGGCAAUUGGGUAACGUUUCUAGAUUCACUUUUACAAACAGCUUUGCUAGCUGAACGAGCAGAUAGUCUUCGGUUACCUACCCGAGUGCGCUAUUUGCGAAUUGAUCCAGUUAAACAUAUGGAACAUAUCCAAGAAAGAGAUGGUAUACAAGUAAUUGAAUUGCGUAAUGAUGUAGCAACCAACGGCUGCAUUGCCGGUGGUGUUGAAUGCUGUGAUUUGACGGCACAUACGGUCGCUCGCCGAUUACAAUCUGCUGGGCAACUUUAUUAUGAGAAAAUCUACUUUACCAAACACUUUGAUAUGAAAGCUUUCGAUGAAUUUUUGCAUAUUCGUGAAGAGCUGAAUGCUUAUCGAGAUUUUCUUCGAUCAAUGCUGGCCAAUGGUUUAGCAAAAUGGGAAGUCAAUGGCUGUCUGAAGGAACUGACUAAUGGUGCGCUUCUUUCGGAUGCUGUUCGUAAAUUCACAAAGUUCAUGAAUCCAGUCAGUGAAGCGGAACACAAACGAUGGCUCGAUGACUCACAGUCACCAGUUGCGACAGUUUUUGACGAAAUUUUCGCCAUCGAAAUUGGUGACAAUCCCAAAGAUCUCAAAAAUAAGGUGGCAGAAAAAAUGCAAAGUAUGUUGAAAAUCUUCAACGUAGAUCGUUUAUGGAGCGCUGCUAUUGUCCAUGAUAGGAUUUUGAAAACAGUCCAGGACACAUGCAUUGAGAAUUCAAUUGGACAUAACUGUAAAGUGUGUGCACUCGAAUUCAAUUCAACCGAACAGCUUAAGUUUUUUGUUGACGCAGUAAACUCACAUCCGCUUCUGGAAGUGGAAUGGCUGUGUGUCGGACCCAAAGUAGAUGACAUGGAUGAAAGCACUCUGGUACAGCUUGGUGUUAAAAAAAUAACGACUGUUUUAGAUGACAAACAAUUCGUGCCAGCUGCUGAAAUCAAAAACUGCGACAUAAUAAUUUUGGAUAAAAUACUAUCACGGAAGAAAGACAUAGUACAGUAUCUGUCGAGGUGUAAAGAAAUGUUACGUGAUGAUGGCUUCAUCAUUUUAGUCGAAACAACAUCUGACUAUGAAAUUGCUCUCGCAAUCCAAGGUCUUAGUGCAGAAAUAAUAAAUAUCAGUGAUUCUGGACGUAUAUAUGGUGCUUAUUUUACACAUGAUCAGUUGCUGAAAUUAUUUGAGGAAUGCGAAUUUCGCCUCUGUAAUUAUCAGAGUGAUCCUUCGAUGAUGACCACAAUGUAUGCUAUCCGAAAAAUUCCAUCACAAGCUAGAGAGCCAAUAGUAAUUGACGUGGAUGAUAUUGAAGAAUUUACUUGGAUCGAACCAUUACAAAAAGCAAUUGAAGAACGUUUGAACGAGCCGGACUACAGGACUAUUUGGCUUACCAGUACAACAGUACGCAACAACGGUUUACUUGGACUAGCCCUUUGUUUCAAUGAAGAAAAUUUAAAAUCAAAUCGUUUUCGAACCUUGAUUGAUAUGAGUGUCAAGAAAGAAAAUCGUACUGGUCCAGCCCAAAUUGGAAUGGAAAAUGAGUCCGUUAAACAGUUGGUGAAACUUGAUCUCCAUGCUAACAACUACCGCGAUGGUGUGUGGGGCUCCAUACGUCAUUUUGUUGUUAAGGAUGACGAAAUGCACUUAUAUAAAAAUGUGGACCAUGCUUUCAUAAAUACUUUGAUUCGCGGCGAUGUUAGUUCAUUGACGUGGUUCGAAUCGCCAAAUCAGUUCUUUGAAGAUACUCGUCAAAAAAACCCUUCACUAGAGUUGUGCCAUGUCUAUUAUUCAGCAAUUAAUUUCCGCGAUGUCAUGCUUGCAUAUGGACGACUUCCACCGGAUGCUAUCCCGGGACAGUUCGCUGAUCGCGAAUGCUUGUUGGGUAUGGAGUUUUCGGGACGGCUGAAGGAUGGUACUCGUUUGAUGGGUGUAUUACCGGCACAAGCCUUAGCGACUUCUGUAAUUGUUAAUCGUGAAUACGCAUGGGCCGUUCCGGAUAACUGGUCACUCGCAGACGCUGCAACGGUACCAAUCGUAUAUACCACUGCGUACUAUGCGCUUGUGAUGCGUGGUCGCAUCAGACGGGGUGAUAAGGUUUUAAUUCAUGGAGGUUCGGGUGGUGUUGGCCAAGCUGCAAUCGCUGUUGCUUUAUCACGCGGCUGUGAAGUUUACACUACAGUUGGAAAUGCUGAAAAGAAGGCAUUUUUGCAAAAACGUUUCCCACAACUAAAGGAUAGACAUUUCGCGAAUUCACGAAACUCCGAUUUUGAGCUUCAUAUCAGGCACGAAACAAGGGGACGCGGAGUUGAUGUCAUACUUAAUUCAUUGGCUCAACAUAUGUUGCAGGCUUCUGUUCGGUGUCUUGCUCAAAACGGACGAUUCUUAGAAAUAGGUAAAGUAGAUUUAUCGCAAAAUUCGCCUCUUGGUAUGGCAGUGUUCCUCAAAAAUAUUACUUUCCAUGGCAUACUUCUGGAUGCGGUGAUGGAUCCUAACGUUGGGAAGAAAGAAGACUGGCAGGAAGUAGCGCGCUUGGUUCAGGAUGGCAUUAAGAGCGGAAUUGUACAACCUCUUUCGUAUAUUGCAUUUUCGAGUGAAAAAGCUGAAGAAGCAUUCCGUUUCAUGUCAUCUGGUAAACAUAUCGGAAAGGUUUUAAUGGAAAUUCGACAAGAGGAACCGGAAAGAGUGUGCGUACCAUCACCAAUUAAAGUGCGAGCGAUAUGUCGAACAUUAUGCCAUCCAAAUCAUGUUUAUCUCAUUACUGGUGGCCUUGGUGGAUUUGGCUUAGAACUUUCGCAAUGGCUUAUUAAUAGGGGUGCUAAAAAAUUGGUGCUAACUUCUCGAAUGGGAAUCCGGACAGGCUAUCAGGCUCGUUGUGUCCACUUUUGGCGUCGAACGGGUAUUUCGGUUCUUGUUUCAACGCUUAAUAUUGCUCGUCUAUCAGAUGCCCACGAGUUGAUGUUGCAGUGUAAGGCAUUAGGUCCAAUUGGUGGUGUCUUCCAUCUUGCUAUGGUGUUACGCGAUUGCUUGUUUGAAAAUCAAAAUGUACAAAAUUUCAAGGAUGCUGCUGAAGCGAAAUACUGGGGAACCCUAAAUUUAGAUGCUGCUACCCGAAAUGCAUGCGGUGAAGAACUUAGGUG